CUUACUGUACAUUUAUGUGCAUGCCAUAUAAAAGAAAAAAAACAGAGGUGAAGAAGUGGAGAGACGUGUGGACACUUGGCUCCUGCUGCUGUAGCUUUAGUGGAUUAUGUGUAAAAGAAGGUUGAAAAACCACACUCACACACGUGCAUUAACACAUACACAAGCAAGACCUCUCACAUGUGUACACAAGAACUCUCACACGUGCGCACGGGGGCUCUCACCACCAACCUGACCAAGCCAGACUGAGAUCAAAACCUGGCUGAUCCUCCACCGGCUUUACCUGUCAGGUCAGAGUGAGUGUUGAUCUGUGUGCACGUUUGAGAUCAGAGGGGGAAAAAAACAGAGCGAGAGGAAAGAGAGGCUAGAGGGAGGAGACGGAGAGGUGUAAUACUACACCUCCCUGCUUUUAAAUUAGAAAACAGCUGAUUUACAGGAAGAGGUAAAUGACCUUCAGUUUAGAGUAGAACAACAACUUAACAACUGUACAUGAUGUGUCAUUAUCACUAAUGCUCACCUCCACUUCCACGUAAAGUAUCUGCCACUGAAUGCAACAAGUUUAUGCCUGCUGUCUGGAAAUUACCCAAAGUCAUUCUGAGUAAUGUCGGAAAUCGCUGACUGAAGUAAAGUGGAUACAAAGAGGGAUCCCUAAGUUAGUGACGCCAUUGCAGUAGAUGGAUUUCAUACCUGCAUCUUCUGGGAAUCAUCCACAAGAACAGCUGUGACAAUGAGAAGCUGGAACACAGCAGGAAAUGUUGGUUCAUGUGAACUUAAUAUCUUGCUGGUUGGCCCCAGAAGGACAGGCAAAAGCUCUACUGGUAACACCCUGCUGGGCCAGGGGCAAGUUUUUGAAACCAAAGGGGGCGGGGCCAGCACACCAGCCAGCGCUAUCACAGCUGGAGGUCACUUGACAGUGGUGGACGCACAAGGCUGGGGUUCAUCUGAGGAAACUGUGCCCCGAGAGGAGAAAAUUGAACUGUUGAGAGCAUAGUCUCUCUGUGGAGCUAAAGGACCUCAUGUUGUCCUGUUAGUGAUCCCUCUGCUGGACUUCACUGAGCCUGAGAGGAGAGCGUGGAGACACACAAUGGUGCUGUUCACAUGUGGAGACUGGCUGAAGAGAAAAGGGCGCAGUGUGGAGGAGCACAUUCAAUCAGGAGGCCCUGCUUUGCACUGGCUGAUGGAAAAGUGUCGCUAUCGUUACCACGUGUUUGAUAACAAGGCAGCCAUCAUUGGCAAGCCAGAGAGAAGAAAUCGGGAGGUGAGUGGAGGUGGGAAGAAACAGCAAGGGACUUGGCAGAAGAAAACUGACACAAGAGAGGGAGGGAAGAGCAGAGGAUGUGAGGCAGAUAGGAGGAAGGAAGGAGUGCAGGAGCAGGUGAGAGAGCUGCUGAAUAAAGUGGAGGAUGUGUUGCAGGAGAACGGAGGAUGGCACUUCUCCUUUCACAUGUAUCAAAGACUGGAGGAGGAAUGGAGCCGCAGGGAGCAGAAGCAGAGAGCUCAACUGGAGGCAGAAAGACAGAUUGGGGAAGUGUGAGGAGAAAACUAAAGACAGCUGAGACCAAGAUAAACAUGGAGCCGGAGCAGGAGCAGGAGCAGAGGUUAGAGACAGAAGAAGGAAAGCAGGAAGAUAGCCUGAGGAAAGAGCAAGAGAACAAGGAGGACUGUGUGGAAAGGAAGAUAAAUGGAGGGGAAGAUAAAGAGGAGAGCGCAAAGAGAGAGCUCAAGAGACCAAGCAGUGAGGAGCAUGGCUGGGAUACAAGCUCUGACAGCGGUGGAAAGUGAGAGGAAAGCACUUAAGUGAAAACAGGAAUGAUGGCUCUAUGUUGGCCUAAUGGGGGUCAAAGGUUAGCCUUUAGUCCAAUCAGAAGGCUUGCCAGGAGUAACUAUAGCUCGGCUGAAACUGCCACAGUGACUCCACCCGUGACAUCUGUGACACCUGCAGUCACAAGUGACAUGUUUAUUCUUUUAUGCUGUGACACUGAAUCCUUGAAAAUGUGAGGACCCACCAGCAACAAACCAAAGAACAACUGCGGAUCCUCACACAGCGCUUCAGAGGCAAGAGUUAGAAUAUUCUUGUGGAUGUUAUAGCUGUUUCCUGCAGAGAGACUGAUACUUUAAAACUGUUUCAAACUUAGAUUAAGCACUACCUCAUAAUACAUUAAAUAGCUCAAUGCCUUGUGGUUUGAAUGGUUAGCACUCUACAGGUUUGUAAUUAUAAAGCAGGAUAUAUAUAGCAGGAUUUAUUGGUUUUGCUUCUAAAAUUAUCAGGGAUGUGAGACAUUGUGUGAUCCUAGACCUCAGCUCUCUUCCUAUUUAUGUACACUACAUUAACAAAGACUGCGAAUGCUUAUGAAACGUGCUUGCAAAAGACAGAUGUAUAAAUAAGAAACUGUUGUCCAUGAAACAGUUAGAGAAUAAACUGUGAUAAAA